AUUGAAUGGUGAUCACACUGUGGCUGUAGUCAAUGUUGAUAUCCACGACGAUAGCGAUGAUGAUGACGAAACGACCAGCGGGGAAUACACCUCACGUAAUGAGACUAUUGACAAUCUAGAGCCGUUAAAUUCUGGCAAGUCGGAAGAUGGUAUGAUACCCGUUUCAAUCAGCCAGAAAGCCAAGCUCGGCCAGUCCUGUUUCUUUGGCGAGGGGUUGAAAUCCGCCCCUAUUUUGCGCGUGAAAUGGGACAACAUUUGUCGCACUAUUCAAGUCAAGGUGCCCGGGAAACGCAAACUCGAGGAGAAGGUCAUCCUCAGUGGCGUGUGUGGCGUUGCCCGCCCCGGGGAAAUGUUGGCGAUUAUGGGGCCUUCUGGAAG